AGGACGGCGAGCAUGACCAAUCUAGCUAGUCUUCCAACACGCUACUACCAUGUCAAAUUUCGUUCCAUAUCAGCAAAGCUAUGGAACUUAUCAGCAGCCUUAUCCCAUCGUAUAUGCAACUGGUUCAGGACCUCCCCAGUUGCUUCAGCCAACGGCGGCGCAUUAUCCCCCUCGAUUCCCGCCGCCGCCACAAGCAGUGGCCUCGACUUAUCAAUUUCAUGUUCAGCCUCCACGUCUGCCAAGCGUGGCAGUCGCUGAGAUCAUACCAGCUAUCUCUCCAGAAAUAGCAUCCAAAGAGGUGCAACGGCUCAUCCUUGCCCAGCUGCAGACCUCGGAAUAUGAUUCGAUCGAACCCCCCGCGUUGAAGAGAUUAGAGAUAGAAGUCGUAGUCUUCAUUCAGGAACUAUUUGAACGCGCCCACCAGUACGCUAACCUUGCCAAUCGCGCAAUACCGAUAGCAAAGGAUAUGCUAGUGGCUUGCGAAGAGCGAGAUCUGAAAACAAAGGAUCUACGCGCAGUCGCUGCAGAAUAUAUGAAAGUUUCUGCUGAACCAGCCGAACCAAUUUUCGAACUGCCGCCUUCACGAUCGCAGUCACCCGAACUCCUUCCUUCAGAUGACGAGAAUAUGCCGCCCGCCGUGCCAGGGACUCUACGCCAGCUUCCAACCCAUUUCCCUGCAUUGCCACCAAAGCAUACGUAUCUCAGAACACCAGCCUCUCCCCCUAAAAAAGCCGCGCUUCCCUCACUCGAAAGAAAACUCAAAACUGCAGGGCUGGUUCAGGAGUCUCUGAAGAAUCUGCUUACGGCUACGGAGGAUAAUCUCGGACAAGAAGACGGCGAAUUGCUUGGUCAUAUCGUAAACUGGGAAGCCUCCACGUACCCACGGAAACGGUGGAAAGUUUCAGGUUAACCAUUUAAUUUCGUGUAUACUUAGGCCUUGCAUUGGGCGUCACAUCGUCAUGUUUGUGCCAAUUGAAUGAUCUCCAUUUCAACAUCGCUAUGAC